AUGGAAGAUAAGAGAAAAUUACUUGAUCAACCGUUACAUGGGAUAUAUAUCCCCAUUGCUCUUAUACUAUUUGGAACAUGGUUAUUUAGUUGGUCAUAUAUGCCAUAUACUAUAGCAUUUAUAAUAGUUGUAUGUUCUUUUAAAUAUUAUGAAGCUUAUCAAAGAAAAUCAUCAUUACAUAAUACAGUAUGGAGGGAUUUUGAAUUAAUUGAUAGAACUAUAAUUGCACCAAUGACUUCAAUAUAUAGAUUUAAAUUAAAUAGAGAAGAUGAAAUUUUAGAUAUUCCAACAGGUCAUCAUUUAUCUUGUUGUUUUACAAUUGAUGGUAAAGAUGAAAUAAGAUAUUAUUCACCAAUUUCAAAUCAAUUUGAUGCAGGAUUUUUUGAUAUAUUAGUAAAACAUUAUGAAAAUGGUAAAGUUACAAAAAAAUUAGCAAAUAUACAAAUUGGUCAAACUGUUAAAUUUAGAGGUCCAAUUGGAAAAUUAAAUUAUAAACCUUCAAUGGCUAAAGAAAUUGGUUUAAUUGCUGGUGGAACAGGUAUAACUCCAAUACUUCAAGUAAUAACAAGAAUUAUAACAAAUUUAUCAGAUGAUACCAAGAUGUAUCUUAUAUUUGGUAAUGAAACUGAAAAAGAUAUUUUAUUAAAAAAUGAAAUUGAUGAAAUUUCAAAAAGAUAUCCAAAUUUUAAAGUUUAUUAUACUGUUACUUAUCCUUCUGAAAAUUGGGAUCAAGGUAAAGGUUAUAUAACUCGUGAAAUGUUGGAGAAAUAUGGACCAAAAGUUAAUGAUGAUAAUAUGUUAUUUAUUUGUGGACCACCUGAAAUGAAAAGAAAAAUGUAUGAAAUUACUCAAGAAAUGAAUUGGAAUAAAGAUAAUAUAUUUUGUUUUUAA